AAUACAGCAUUGUGCAUAUCUAGCUAUAUAGGUAGUAUAACAGAAUAGUUUCCGUGAGAUGCCAUAAGGUACGACAAAAAAAAAAGAAGGUUGUUUUAGGGCAGACGCCAUGCACACUAGUUCGUCCCUGCCCGCGUACCGUCGUUAGUUCACAGUAAGUCAAACAUGGCGACGACCGAAGCUCAACCUCGGUUUGGUCAGUCCGUGAAAGGCUUAUUAUCCGAUAAAGUUGGCUCUUGCAGCGUGGACGUGAUCGCCUUGACGCGCCAGGUGCUUAAAGUUUCCCGCAGCCAAGAGCUUUUAGGUCAAGCAGCCAGAAACAUGGUCAUUCAGGAGGAUGCUAUCCUACACUCCGAGGACGUAAGUAUGAAGACAUUGAGUCUAAGAAAAAUGUCCAUUAUAACUACACAUUUACAGUAUCAGCAAGAGGCCAUCCAGAAGAAUGUGGAGCAUUCUAAAAACCUACAGGAUCAGCUGAUGCAUCUGCUCAAGUGACAGAAGACAAAUCUCCAUGGCUGGCGACCAGUUCAGGGUGUACCCCGCCUCUCGCUCAGAGUCGGAUGGGAUAGGCUUCAGCACACCCGCGACCCAAGUGUGGAUAAGCGGUAUGGAAGAUGAAUGAAUGUUUUAUGUCUUUACCAUUCUGCGCUUUUGUUUUUACCGUGAUAAAAAGAAGUGUAUUCGAAUGGGGCCCCCACUAUUUGCUCUGUCAAAUGGCUCAGAAAAUGGAUGGAUGGAUAAUUUUAACCAUGGCUGUUUCACCAUGGGAGAUAUUUAUCCAUAUAAAACCAAGGAGGCAUAAAAAAACUGCCAAAUUAAAUUUCUUUACUGCUAUUAAUCAAAUUAUAUGAAAAUGGCCCAUAUAAUGAUAUUCCAUACAAUAGUUGUAUCUAUUGUUUUUCCUGUACAAAGAUGGUAAUGUUAAGUUUUGAUGGGCAUGGACUGCUGUUAGCAAUAUGUUUAUUAUUGUGGUUGUGUAAUAGUUUUGACUCGUAAUAAUUGAGGUAAGUGAAAUAAUAGAUACAGUUCUCUUUAUAAUGCCGAAUAGCUUGUCUCCACUGCCUCAGGAUUAGUUAGGCAUACUGAGAGAAUUGUUUGCAAGAUUUUCUUUUUCUUUGUUUUGAUCAAUUGUAUCCAUUUGCUUCUGAUACGUGGAUGACAAUAAACGGACAGAUUUAUUCUUCUCA